UGAAAUUACGAAAAUAAGCGAUCAACACAGAAUAAAUGGAAUAAGAAGGCGCGUAGAAGAAAAGAAUGAAGUGAAGCUCCGAAGUCGGAAAGAAAAGAAGAUGGAAAACGAAGAUGUGAAGCUGUUCAACUUUUGGGUGAGUCCAUUCGGCAAAAGGGUGGAGUGGGCCUUGAAACUCAAGGAUGUAAAGUACGACUAUGUCGAAGAAGAUAUCUUCAACAAGAGCAAUCUCCUUCUCCAGUUGAACCCGGUUCACAAGAAGGUUCCGGUUCUUGUUCACGCUCACAAACCCAUCGCUGAGUCACUUAUCAUCGUUGAAUAUAUCGAUGAAACAUGGAAGCAUUAUCCCUUGUUGCCUCGCCAUCCUCAUCACAAAGCUCAUGCUCGCUUCUGGGCUACAACCGUUGAACAAAAGCUUGGGAAAGCUGGAUGGGUAGCAAUGUCUAGAAGUGGGGAAGAACAAGAAAAGGCUUUGAAGGAAGCGAAUGAUAUAAUAGAGAAAAUAGAAGAAGAGAUUAAGGGGAAGAAAUAUUUUGGAGGGGAGAAUAUUGGGUACCUUGACGUUGCACUUGGAUGGAUCGCUUACUUGGUUCCUGUGUGGGAGGAAGUUGGAUCAAUGAAGAUGAUAGAGCCAUUGAAAUUUCCAGGCAUCACUUCAUGGAUGACCAAUUUCCUGAGCCACCCUGUCAUCAAGGACACCUUGCCCCCACGAGAUAAGAUGCUUCUUUACUAUCACAAUCGCAGAAACAAUAGCCAAAACUUGCAUAAGGUUUAGAUCUGUAAUCUGUUCCUCUCUCUUUGUGGAGUCAAAUUUAGGAAACUUGUCCUUUUCUCACAUUGUCUUUGACAAAGUUGGAUUAAGUAUGUACUUGUUUAUUUCCAUUAAUGUUUUAUGCGAGCCGCAAGAGCCUUACAUUUUUAUACAACUCUAUCGAGUUAUAGUUCUGACUCUUCUCAGUGAAGUUCGUGAGUUUGCUGUCAAAUUAUCUCAUUCUAGAUGGAAUAUUUCAAUGUCUUUAGAUUAUCCAAUUAAUCAAUAAUUAACACCAUGUUUGUUGUC